AUUCCAUGAGCAGAAUGAUGUUGAGUUCUAAAGAGUAAAGUACAUUGUUUUUKACGCUACUGGGGCAAAUCCUCGAUAAAAAGAAUGCAGUUCGGGAGAAUAUCAAACUGCGUGUUGUACUGCUUAGUUUUACGGUUUUCAAGCCAAUAGAAAAGAGCUCAGAUGUUCCAAAACCGGCUCUGACAUCUUGACUUGUCCUUUCGUCAUGCACCCGAAGGCAAGAACUCAAGAAAAGASUGUAAAAGCUGAAUUCCCUGAUGUUAUAGUUCCACAAGAGAACAAAUACAAGCAACUUAAGCACUUUGUAUCAGGAGGAAUUGCUGGAGCAGUAUCUAGGACUAGUGUGUCGCCAUUUGAGAGGUUAAAGAUAUUACUACAGAUUCAAGUCUCUGAUGUAAAGUUCAAGGGAAUUAUACCAAGUUUGAUUACUAUUGGAAGGGAAGAAGGUAUUCUCGGUUAUUUUAAGGGAAAUGGAACAAAUGUUAUACGGAUAAUACCAUAUAGUGCUGUACAAUUUGCUGCUUAUGAAGAGUACAAGAAAUUGUUGAAUAUUCCUGAUCACACUUCACACCAAACUCCUUUCAARCGACUGCUAGCAGGAGCAAUGGCUGGUGUKACAUCAAUAUCAGCAACAUAUCCAUUGGAUUUAGUAAGAACAAGGCUGUCUGCUCAAGGUGAAGGCAGUAACAAAAAAUACAGAGGAAUAAUUCAUGCAUUCCAAACAAUAUUGAAAGAAGAAGGAGGAUUCAUGAGUGGUUGCUUAUAUAAAGGACUUUUUCCAACAACAUUGGGGAUUGCACCUUAUGUAGGAAUCAAUUUUGCUGUGUAUGAAACUCUGAAAGGGUUUAUAUUUUCAAGUCAUGUAGCAUCAGCUCAAGGAACAAAGCUAAAAACAAUAAAAAAGGACCAUGAGYUGCCGAUAAGAUUUAAGUUGAUGUGUGGCUCUGUCGCAGGAGCAGUAUCCCAAUCAGUGACUUAUCCAUUAGAUGUUGUGCGACGGCGGAUGCAAAUGAAAGGACUGAAAAAGGCUGAAUUUGCCUACAAAUCCACAGCACAUGCCUUUAAAAGUAUAGUAMAAAAUGAAGGAAUCAAAGGAUUAUACAAAGGAAUUGUACCUAAUUUAAUUAAGGUUGCUCCUGCAGUUGGCAUACAGUUUGUAACAUACGAGAGUAUCAAAUCUAUAUUGUAUGGUCAUUGGAUUCCUUUCAAGUGAGAUUGUGUGUAGAGCUUAUCAUAAUAUUUUAUACAUYGUAUAUAAGCAAUUUAUAGCAAAAGUCGAAACUCGACAGUUAACGAAGAAAAAGUCCUACUGACCUUUACUGAACCAAGGCAUUAAACGGUAGCCUGAUUUUCAGACGGUGCUGGGUCCGACGCUAACGCUUUCCCCCCAGGUUUCGGACCCAGGCACUUCUGAAUCAGGCUAGGGCUCUUUCCCAAGAUGUUGGUUCUUCACUCCAAAGCAAGGAUUUGGCUAGGUCACAUUUUCUCGUCUUCACAAUGAAAUUGGUGAGCAAGCAAAAAUUCAAAGGGAAAAGUUCGACUUUGUCAUGCCUAUUCAGGAUUUUUUUUCAUUAAAAAAAAGAUAAAUCGUUAUGAAAACUGUGGAUGCAGAGCCUAAAUAKCAUUCGACAGAAAACAUGUAAGUUUGUAGUAAAUACUUUGCAGCCAAAAUAUGAUUAUCAAAGUGUAACGUUCUUUCUUGCACAGCAACUUUCUACAUCAUUUGUGUGCAUGAGAAAAUGUUUUGACCUAGCCAAAGCCUCGCAUUGGUUCUACAGAAUCAACAUUUUGGGAAAGGGCCAUACAAGGUCUCGAUGUAAAUAUUAAUUGAAGGACCAUGGUCAACCAGCAUUAAAUUCGGCCUUSUUAUAGUUUUUUCGUUAUUGAAUUGAAAUAUUCAUUCACAAYCUGUUUCCAUCCGUCAGUUUGAAGACUCGAGUCUUGCAAUAUCUCCAUUCAUCAUAGUGUACUUUGCUGCAUCAACCUUGGUGUUYAAUAAAMUAAAWCCUAGCUUUCRACCUACGCGGUCRUCUUCAGGGUUACAAUGAAUCUCGUUACAAUAACAUAAAAACUUCACCAUCAAAACAAAAAGCGCAAUAAAUCAAUCGCCAAUCGAUGUCCUGUAGAGGUGGCAUGCUGAGCUAAUGCUGAGUUUUCAGUUUUUGCCAAUCGUACAGCAGCCUGGUGUUCCUUUCUUUCUUGCUUAUAUUACGAUGUAUUUUUCAUAUUUUCAUACAUAAACAAARUCUCGUAAGAGAUGUCGGUGGACCAUGUUUCUUAAAAGUGAUUUUCAUUUGACAGCUGUGAAGCUUUGGGUACAAUUGCAAAGUGUUGGUAUAUAGCGCUAUAUAUAACGUGGAUUAGACUUAUAAAAAAGCAAAAUAACUUGCAUAAUUCAGUACAAUUUAGCACUAUUUAAUUGCUAAAGUUUUCAAUGUUUUUAGCGACUGCACUUUUGCCCUCUAAUCAAGCAUUAGUGUGAUCACAGUUAAACCAUGCAACUGUACAAAACCAAUUUAAGUAGUACUUUUUGUACUAAAAGUUGACUUGAAGUAGUAUUGAAUGCUUUAUUUGUAUCAAUUCGAUUUAAUUUGCGUACCGCAUGCACGAAUAUACUAAAUACAACUAAACAGCACUCUUUAGUUUGCACAGUUGCACGGUUUAAGUACGAUUACUCUAACUGCACUUUUGCCCUCUAAUUAAACAUUAGAAGAUAUUUUUCGAGUUUCCAUUAUAACAACAGAGUAGUUGAAUGGAGUGCAUUAUGCUGUGAUAGUUGCCCGCGGAAACUCGAUGUUCCAAAAAGCAAAUAGUUGCCCGAAAACGCAGUUCGGGGGCAAUUAUGAAGUUUUGAGAAACAUCCAGUUUCCAAGGGCAACUAUCACAACAAAAUGCCCGAGAUUUCAACUGCUCUAUUGUUUUUAUUGUUCAAAAUCAAAAUUUUCUGAAUCGGCUGAUUCUGUGCACACGGAUAGUAGCCCUCCGCGGCGCGUACUAUGGCGUCACGUGUUCGACUCUCCACCAAUGAGAGCGUACAAGAAAUUGUUGUUGACUGGAAUAGUUCUAGUAAGAACAACUGAAAGCUUUUUUUGGUGUGUCUCUUCACUUGAACAUUUGCCGAUUUUAAUUCACAUCCAGUCUUAGUUUUGUUUUGACAUUACUUUACUAUUUGAUUUAAUUACUUUAACCGUUAGAAAUAUGUCACGAAAACUGCUUUUUAACAGCGAUAGAGCAGCGAUAAUGCAGUUCGGCUUUGGAAUACAAUAUACCGUAUCAGUAUUCAGUAUUCGACGCUUUCUAAGUAGCUUUAUACUUAUAACAUAGAAUCCUACGUAGGUACAUACAAUAGGUAAAAUAUAACAGACUGCUGGUCAGUUUUUAAUACUAGGUUUAGAAAUUAACUUAA